AUAUGUAAGAGUAUCUUAAAAAGGCAGCUUUUCUUUUGUGAAGGAAGACUAAGGAAAAAAAGUACUCUGAUCUUUGCUACAACAAAGAAGUUUCAGAAAGAAACUUGUGAAUAUAUUAAAACAUUCCACUAUGCGGACAUCUGGAUUUUGCUGUCUCUUUAAGAAUAGAUGUGUUUAGUCUUGAAAUGUUCUGAUUAUUGUGUUGAGUAAUUCAAGUUCAGUUAUGCUUAACAUUGUCAAGUUGCAUUUAUCAGAGUGCUGAAGUUUUAAAGAUUUCUAUGUUUCUUAAAUCUCAGUUAUUCUGUUAAUUCCACCUCUUAAGGGCAGUGAAGCAAAGUUCAAGUUGCUGUAACACUUCAUGAACAGCAUGAUUAUGGCAGAUCACAAAGAAGUAAUGAGGGGCAUUGAACGGCAUCCUGGAGUCCAAUAUCCCGUUCUCACACCUAAUCUUCAAGGUUUUCAUUCUGCUAUUGCAGCAGGAGCUACAGAAGUCUCGGUAUUUGGCGCAGCAUCUGAAUCUUUUAGCAAAAUGAAUAUUAAUUGUUCAAUUGAAGAAAGCAUAGAGAGGUUUGAAGAAGUCACUAAAUCUGCAAGGAAUAUGAAUAUUCCAGUGCGUGGGUAUGUGUCCUGUGCCUUGGGAUGCCCAUAUGAAGGAAAUGUUGUACCAGAUAAAGUGGCAGAAGUAUCUAAGCGGCUGUACAGCAUGGGCUGUUAUGAAAUCUCUCUGGGAGACACAAUUGGUGUGGGGACGCCUGGAAGUAUGAAAAAAAUGCUGGAAGCUGUUAUGAAAGAAAUUCCUUUGAGUGCUCUUGCUGUUCACUGUCAUGACACUUAUGGCCAGGCCUUAGCCAAUAUCCUCACAGCCAUGCAGAUGGGAGUUGCUGUGGUGGAUUCAUCUGUUGCAGGACUUGGUGGUUGUCCCUAUGCAAAAGGUGCUACUGGAAAUGUAGCCACAGAGGAUGUGAUCUACAUGCUGAAUGGUCUGGGGAUCAACACAGGAGUAAAUCUUUGUGCCGUGAUGGAAGCUGGAAACUUCAUCUGCAGAGCUUUGAACAAGAAAACAAACUCAAAAGUUGCACAAGCUUCCUUCAGUACUGGAACUAUCAAUUAAAUGGAUUUUUCUUUUUACAGCUUGAUUAUAUUUUCCAUUUACCUUGACCAAGGACAUUUGCUUUAGGAAAAAAACCAAGAAAACCAUUGCAUCAAAGAAACAAAAUAGAACCGACAUAUAAUUUGUUUUUAAAAGGAAAAGUUAUUGUACUGUACUGUCUUGUCAGGAAUUGUCUGAUUUGUAAGUAAAAAAUAAACAAUUGUAGUGCAGAACCCUGUACUUCAUACUUCUACAGAUGAGGAAAAUGUAUAAACACCAGGAAAUUUUACCAUGUUUUAAAUUGAAUUUUUAGUUCUUUUCAGGAAAAACGGGUAGAACCAGUGAGUACAUAGUUAAAUUUCAAUCAAGAUGUCUUUCAGAACAGUACAAAUAUUUUCAGUAGUUUAUGAGAUCUCACACCGUGUGUGGCCAUUCUAUUAUGUAUUUUAUUUAUCUGAAUUCUCACUUUUCAUUUGUCAAGUCACUGUGUUAUGAACACAGAGCCAAAUCUGAAUUCACUGUAAGAAUUUUUUAGCAAUGGAACUUCUUUUAAAUUUUGUUUAACAUCUGCUAAAUUAUGGAUGACUUUAUCUUGUUCCAAGACAUUGUGGUGAGUGGCACUCUGCCAGAUCCUUCCAAUCCUCCAGCAAAUUUCCUUAUUUGUUACAUAUGUUAAAUUUGUUGUACUUGCAUUUUUUGGUCAACUUAUUAAAACCUAAUUAUAUGAAGCAAAUAAAAAUUGGCAAGAUUUUCAACAUCAUUCAGGUUCAUAGUGGUGUAGAAGGGGCUACAUUUUCAUCCAAGGUUUCAUCAAAAAAUUAGAUUUUUCAUUCUGCAGGCUAUGAAUUGAUAUUCUCAUUCAGAAAUCACAGGUUUUUAGGAUAAUAGUAUUUUGCUGGACUAGCUUACACAAAGGAGACCACUUAGAAUUGUUUUGUGCUCUACUGAUAAUGAUACUGUUCUUUUAAAUGCCUUAGUUCAACAAGAUGCCAAUGAACUGCAUUCUUCAAUAAUCAAUAGAUUAGAUCAAUAAUGAAUGAAUGGACAAAUUCAAAGAGCCUUAUCCUAUAUAUAAAUGUUCAAGCAUGCCAUGAAAAUACUGUCAUGUUUUUCAUCCUGAAACUUCAGUACUCUUACUGGCUGGUUGUGUAGGACCUGUCUGUACUUCUCUGUGUACUUUGAUCUAUAUUUUUUCUGAACAUAGCCUGUUGACAUGACCCUGGACUGUGGUCUUCACCCAUAUUCCAAAUUUUCCUCAAAAAUGUGAAAUCUUGUCAAAAGGUAAGAUGAAAGAAAGUGGGAGAUAACACAUAAGAAAAGGCUGAAUAAUUUUUCGUCUGGAACUCAAGUCUGCCAAGUUACAGCUGAGUCAUGGUUUGCCUUUGAAAUACCAAAGUGAAUUUUUCUGAGAUCUUUUAGCCAGUUGUGUAGUUUAGAAUGGCAUCAUUGAAGAAAGUCAGUCUUUGCAUUCCAGGCAACACAAAGCUAUAAAUUUGAUAUAAUACCCCUUUUCUGUUUAUGUCGUAAUGAUAGUCAAAAUUAAUAUAAGCUACUUUUGGUACAAGUCAAAGGACAAAAAAAGAAAUGUGUUCAAGUGAGGCAAGAAAUAUCUUGCCUAUCAUUCCAAAAUACUGAAUCUUUCCUGCAGAUUCUAGUAAGAAGACUUUCAAGUACUCCUGAAAGUAUGAACAUCCUGAUUUUCUUGACCUGCCCUGGAUGCAUGGUUGGAUCACCACAAAAAAGCUCUUUCCUCUUUUUCCCCAUGUUUCAGCUGGGACUUUGCUAUUUAGCAGCCACUAUAGCUCAUAUAUCAAAAUAUGAACUUAAAUAAAACCAGGCCUUGAACCAUUCACAGACUUAAAAAUUCUGUAAUGGAUUAGACCCAAUGAAGAGGUAAGGAAACUGCAGCAGUACAGUUAAGCCUAAACAUGGUGCUAGAAUUGACAUCUUAAAAACUCCCUAAUUUAUUUGUCAUUUACCCCUGAAGGUGACUAACUUUACUGUAAUACUUUCCUAUUUAAUAAUAAUUUUUCCUGUUUAGUUUUCUCUGUAGGCACAGAAUUAGCUCAUUUUGAGCUGAAGUAUGCAGUUUUCAUGUAGGUCCUGAUGAAUUUUGUUCCACCCAAGACCCUCUGAGCAAGCAUGUGUAAUUAACAUAAACAAUAUUGAGCUUCUCAAAGACUGAAAGUGAUGUCAGCCCUUGGAAAAAACGCAGUUGUGAUGCAAACCUGAAUGUGAGACUAAAGAGAGAGACUGAACUUGCUGCUCAGCCUGGGGAGAUUAAAUACACACCCAUGGCAGGACCCAAGGGAAUGGCCUGAAGUUGUAUCGGGCAGGUUUAGGUUGGAUAUUACAGAAAUGUUCUUCACCCAGAGAGUGGUUGGGUACUGGAACUGUUCCCCAGGGCAGUGGUCACAGCACCAGCCUGACAGUUUGAGAAGUGUUUGGACAAUGCUCUCAGGUACAUGGUGUGACGCUUGGGGAUGGUCCAGGAGCUGGACCUGAUGAUCCUUGUGGGUCCCUUCCAAUUCAGCUAAUCCUGUGAUUAUGAACUGAAAAAGAACACACUUGCUCAUAAAUCUGGAUGAAUUUGUGCCACUGGGUAGAAUGGAAUUAAAAAUUUCUAAGCCCAGAAAAAUCCCAAGAAAAGAAUGUCAGUGCCUCUGCAACAGAUGGCAGCAUUCUUUUUCUUGUAGGUGGCGGUGAGGCCUUCAAUUAUCAGCCAAGUAAGGAACUGGACAGAUAGUGUCCAUUUUUAUGCCUCUGUGCACAGUGCAUCCUAGGCUUCUCAGCAUCUGGACUGUCUGGUUUGCAGACAGUUGGCUCUUGAUUCAAGGCUCUUGAUUCUCCCCGUGCAGUGAAACAGGGUACCUAUUAAAUCAUGUGGAUGAACAACCUAAAAUGCCUCAGUUCUUUAUUGGGUCUGUUUUAGAAACUACUUGGAAACUUGUGGAGAGCCUUAAUUGCAGGUCUGUUAUUCUGUAAUGAUGUGAGCAUUGGAAAAGAUGAGCAGUCACAUCUGGAGCCUGUACUUUACCCACAUGUUCAGCUUCAACCACAUCGUGAGUUAUCGUAAUCCAGGGUGGAGGUCACAGACAAAUAGAUUGUUUGUCAGGAUUGUUAUGAGAGAAAGAAACAUGGAGCCAGAACAAAAAAAAAAAAAAAAAAGCAAA